UACCCAUACUAUCUAAAACAACGUAUAGACAUUAUCCGUCACAGUUUUUUUUUCGGUUCGAUCGCCGGGUAUCAGCUAUGUUCGUUUUACACUACAAUCUCAAUUUCGGUGCUGGAUUGGACAGUUACUCGAUCCCAAGGGUGCAUCUUAUAAAAUCAACCUUUGUCAACGUCUUCAUUAUUUGCGAAAUAAUGUCCAUACGUCGUCGGAAGCCGGAGGCGACAUUCGUACUAAUUCAUCGUAACAGUCGUCACUCGCAUCGCACCAGCAGUAAUUAGGAGUAGUGCCACACGAGUUGUUGCAGCAAUGAAUAAGCAGCAAAAUCAGAGUCACCCGUUUAGUCCUAAACAAUUGGCUUUGGCUUCCAAAAAAGAUCGGAAUUUUACAAGUCACUCUUUGCGGCUGAGGAAUGCCAACUGGCAUUGGAAUGGCAAUAUUUAUGUUCUGGCAAGCAAAAGAUGACCAACACGGCGAUCGUAUUCAAGAACGAGAGACCCGGAAAGGUGGAGCAGAUCAACGCAUCGGAUAUCGACCUGAACUACAGAAAUUUGUGGGAAGCUACGGAUUGAGAGUGUUUAUGAAGAAUGAGUUGCUGCACAGGUUUAUUGGGUUCACGGGAGACGAACAGAUAAUUGCGGACUUUGUUAAGAAUGUCCGAAUUUCCGAUUGGACAUGCUGGAGAAGGAACUGCCAACGCGAGGCUGGAAUUGGGGAACGAUUCACUUCAAGGGCAGUGUGCUGUCAUUCGAUGUGGAAAGUAGAACCAACAUUGAGAUUCCGCUGAGUCACGUUACCCAGUGCAACAGUGGCAAGUACGAGGUGACCGUGGAGUUCUAUCAGAACGAUGAUGCACCGGUUAGUCUAAUGGAGAUGCGCUUCCACAUUCCUAUGACGGAGUCGGCUGAAACGGAUCCGGUCGAGGUAUCCCCGGACCAGGUCAUGAAGCAAGCUUCGGUCAUUUCCGCCACUUGCGAUGCCAUUGCUAUCUUCCGGGAGAUUCAUUGUCUUACGCCGCGUGGUCGCCAUGACAUUAAGGUGUUCCAGUUUCCGGUAAGCUGCACGGUAAAACACACGAUUUUAAAAUUCCCACGUCAUCGGUGUUCCGGGUGUUUCUGCUUCCGCACAAGGACAAUCGACUGA